GAAUCUAGUGUGUAGUUAAAGACUAGUCAGAGUUGAGUGAUGCAAAAGAAAUUAGGACGAGCCUAUGGGGGGCAAUAAGCAGAUUUGACACCAUAAAUGUAACAUAAGUAUAUUUUAUUUAUGGUACAAAUGAAGAUGCUAACAACUUCAUUUGUACCAUAGAUAAAAUCUCUAACGGGUGGAAAAGCAAUUUGACACCAAAUAUUGACUUCGGCUUAAUGCAAUAAGCAGAUUUGACAUGAUGGGAUCUUUAGAUGUCCACAGGGGAUUAUUUGUUUGGCUAAAAUGACUACAUGCACUGAACUUUCUAAACAGAAUAGCAUUUGGUAGCAUAUAUUUCAGCCAAAUGAGCAGGUCAUAAGCUAUUUACUCUGAUUAUUCAGCCGGUUCUAAAUAUAAGCAGAAAAGGGCCAGAAUUAGCUACCAGAUGAAUCCUUACUACAUCACAUCAACUAUGGUGCAGUACUCCACCCACAACAGUUUAAACUGCCACCUUGAGUUGACAUGGAUUAAUGCAAUGAGCAGAUUUGGCAUGAUAGGAUAGCUGUAGAAUGUUUCAUAGGGAUUAUUUGUUGGACUAAAAUGGCUGAAUCCACUCAACUUUCAAAAUUGGAAAGCAUUCGGCAACAUACAUUUCAGCCAAAUAAGCAGGUCAUAAGCUACUUACUCUGAUAGUCUGAUUAUUCAGCCUAUUCUAAUGAUGAGCAGAAAAGGCCAGAGUUGGCUACCAAAAGGACCCUUAUUCUAUUUAAUCAACUAUACUGCAGUACUCCACCCACAACAUUUUACACCACGCUACCCCUACCAUUUGAAGGGGGGCAUUGUAAAAGAAUGAAAUGUGAUGAAAAUAUUUAAUAGCAACACUACUCUUGUGUACUUUUACAUGCAAGACAAUGGAGUGCACAACUGGUUAUUUCCAGUUGAUGUGUGUGAAAGACAUUAUAGAAUAUUCUUUAGAAUAUGUUUUAGAAUAUUCUUCUAUCUUUAGAAUAUGCUUUAGAAUAUUUUAGGAAUAUACUCUAGGAUAUUAUUAUUGUAUAGAAUCUUAAAGGAAUAUUCUAUCUUUGUAAUGUAUAUAUAUAUGGGCUUGACCCUCCAAUGAAAUACACACAAAAAUCAUUCUUCUCAUUACUAUUCUAUCUUUAAUUCUUACAACAUGGUAUCAGAGCAAUCUGUUCCAGUUUAGCUUAGCAGUAUUUUUCAGAAUCUCAGUUCAUGCCUCAGCCAGAACCUUAGCCCAAAAUUCAGAACCUCAGUCCAAAAUCCACAGUUUCACAUAGCAUCACCUCCACCCUAAGCAGUCACGCCUUCCGCCGCCGACCUUACACUCGAAAUCCGCAGGCCACACGCGCCGUCAGAGGACCUCGCAGACCUAAUCGCAGACCCAAUCGCCGGAGAAUCCAUCGGAACUAUUUUCCGGUGUCUUGAACGGUAUUAUCUUUCUGUGACUUUGCUUAUUAAGUAACAACGACAUUCAAGGAUAGUAUUUUGGUCGCUGUAAGUUUACUUAUUACAUAGCAUCUUAUUUCUGCAAUUAAAAAAAAAAGUCAAAAAAAAAAAAAGUCAAAAAAAAAAAAUCAAAAAAAAAAAUGCCUGGUUCUGAUACAGACACUUCCACCGUACAACAUGCUCAGCCUUUGGUAGUUUCCGAAGUUAUUCCCAUUAAUUUUAAAAUUACUGAGAAUAAACUUUGUGGCUCUAACUAUCUUGAAUGGAGUAAAACUAUCAAACGUUAUUUACGAAGCAUUGAUAAAUACACCCACUUAGUUGAUGACCCGCCAAAGGAGGAGAUUGAUAGAGCUGCUAAUGCUGUCUGGCUUCGUGAUGAUUCUAGAUUAUUUAUCCAGAUUCAGAACUCCAUGGAGAAUGACGUCAUGGGGUAUGUUAGUCAUUGUGAUACUGUGAAAGAACUCUUUGAUUAUUUGGAAUUUAUGUAUUCUGGCAAAGGUAAUCUUAACCACAUCUAUGAGGUGUGCAAAGCCUUUUACAGGGCAGAAAUGAAAGAUAAGCCUCUCACAGCUUAUUUUAUGGAUUUCAAGAAAACGUAUGAAGAACUUAAUACCUUAAUGCCCUUUAGUCCUGAUAUCAAAGUGCAGCAGAAACAACGCGAACAAAUGGCAGUCAUGAGCUUUUUGGCUGGUCUUACGUCUGAUUUUGAAACAGCCAAAUCACAUAUCCUAUCUAGUGAUGUGGUCUCUUCUCUUCAAGAUGCUUUCAGUAGAGUGCUUCGCACUGACACUUCAUCCACAUCAUCAGCACCUCAGCCAAGCAAUGCUUUUGUGGGACAAGUCCCAACAUUCCCCAAUGGAGGUGAGAAGUGGCCACGCACAGGACCGAUUGGCAAAGGAGUAGUAUGCAACUACUGUAAGAAACCCGGACACUUGAUCAAAGAUUGUCGAAAGCUAAAGUUCAAAAAUCAAAGAAAUCAAGUCGCUCACAUUGCUUCCGCUACACAGCCAUCUAAUGGAUCCAUCAUUAUGUCUUCGGAGGAAUAUGCCAAAUUCCUAGGUUACCAGGAGGCUCUAAAGCAUUCAUCUACUCCUAUCUCAGCUGUAGCUAAUUCAGGUAAUCCAAACACAUGUCUUGUAUCUUCAUCCUCAAAAUGGGUUAUCGAUUCAGGAGCAACAGAUCAUAUGACAGGAUCUGUUGACGAAUCGGGUUAUUGGUAAAGGAUAUGAGUCGGCCGGUCUCUAUCUCUUGGAUACAUCCUUACCCAAAUCAAUCUCUUGUCUUGGCAUUGGAACUGUGUUAGAGGCUCACUAUCGACUAGGUCACCCUUCUCUUCCGUUGUUAAAGAAGCUUUAUCCUCAAUUCAAUAAGGUGUCAUCUUUACAGUGUGAUUCGUGUCAAUUUGCAAAACAUCAUCGAAGUAGUCUAAGUCCUCGAGUCAAUAAACGAGCACAUGCUCCUUUUGAACUGGUUCAUUCUGAUGUUUGGGGUGCUUGCCCUGUUGUGUCCAAAUCUGGUUUUAAAUAUUUUGUUACCUUUGUUGAUGAUUAUUCUCGUAUGACUUGGAUUUAUUUCAUGAAACGUCGUUCCGAGUUAUUUUCUCAUUUUUGUGCCUUUUGUGCUGAAAUCAAAACUCAAUUUAAUGUACAUGUUCGUAUUUUAAGGGGAGACAAUGCUCAAGAGUAUUUGUCUGCCUCAUUUAAGUUGUAUAUGGCUCAACAUGGCAUAAUUCAUCAAACUUCAUGUGUAGACACACCUCCCCAAAAUGGAGUUGCUGAACGAAAGAACAGACAUCUAUUAGAAACUGCGCGGGCUCUUCUAUUCCAAAUGAAUGUGCCAAAACAUUUUUGGGCAGAUGCUGUGUCUACCGCAUGUUUUUUGAUCAAUCGAAUGCCAUCUACUGUUUUAGAUGGUAAAACUCCAUAUCAGUGCCUAUUUCCAAAUAAUGAAAAUUUUCCUAUUCCUCCUAAAGUUUUUGGUUGCACUUGUUUUGUACGAGAUGUUAAUCCCCAUUUAACAAAGUUAGAUCCCAAGUCAUUAAAGUGCAUUUUCUUAGGCUACUCUCGAGUUCAAAAGGGGUACAGAUGUUUUUCUCCAAGUACAGGUCGGUAUAUUGUUUCAAUUGAUGUCUCCUUUUAUGAAAAUACACCAUUUUCAUCAACAGACACAAAUAUCUGUAGGGAGAAUGAUGAUAUACUCAUUUACACAGUCACUAUACCCGAGUCCAAUACUUCAGCAGUUCUUCCCCAUGUUACUUUUCCUGAGCCUAGGCCUCCGAUACACUUGGUAUACACCCGUCGACACAAAGUGCAAGAUCACCCUCCACCUGUGGUUACUUCUCCUGAUACUGAUCCGAUCUCAUAUCCUGAACCGACACCUGCAUCUUCAGAUCCUGUCUCUACAUCAGAUCUUGAUCUCCCCAUCGCACUACGUAAAGGUACACGGUCUUGUACUCAUCCUAUUUCUUCAUGUGUGUCGUAUAAUCAGUUAUCAUCUGCCUCAUGUUCUUUUAUUGCUUCCAUUGAUUCUAUUUCUGUUCCCAAAUCUGUUAAAGAUGCUUUGUCUCAUCCUGAUUGGCGUCAUGCCAUGGUAGAGGAAAUGAAUGCUUUGGAUCUUAAUGGUACCUGGGAUUUGGUAGACUUGCCUACAGGGAAGAAGUCUAUAGGAUGUAAGUGGGUCUUUGCUGUAAAGGUUAACCCUGACGGAUCCGUUGCUCGAUUGAAAGCCCGAUUAGUUGCGAAGGGUUAUGCUCAAACCUAUGGCGUUGAUUAUUCUGACACAUUUUCUCCUGUUGCUAAAUUAACAUCUGUCAGAUUACUUAUUUCUCUCGCAGCAACUCAUGGUUGGCACUUACAUCAAUUGGACAUUAAGAAUGCAUUCUUGCAUGGUGAUCUUCAGGAGGAAGUUUAUAUUGAGCAACCUCCGGGGUUUGUUGCUCAGGGGGAGUAUGGGAAAGUUUGUCGACUUCGCAAGUCUCUUUAUGGUUUGAAACAGAGUCCCCGUGCAUGGUUCGGGAAAUUCAGCCAAUCAAUUGAACGAUUUGGGAUGAUAAAAGGCAAAUCAGAUCACUCUGUAUUUUACAGACAAACGAAAACAGGUAUUACAUUGCUUGUGGUGUAUGUCGAUGACAUUGUGAUUACAGGGAGUGAUAAUACAGGUAUUUUGGCCCUAAAGAAUUUUCUUCAUAGUCAAUUCCAGACGAAAGAUUUGGGCUCAUUGAAAUACUUCUUGGGAAUUGAGGUUACACGGAGUAAGAAAGGCAUAUUUCUAUCUCAACGUAAAUAUGUGCUUGACUUACUAACUGAAACAGGGAAAUUGGGGGCAAAACCAAGCAGUACUCCCAUGAUUCCCAAUGUACAACUCACUCAUGAAGGUAUGCCAUUCGAAGAUCCGGAAAGAUAUAGACGGUUGGUUGGAAAACUUAAUUAUCUCUCAGUUACCCGUCCAGAUAUUGCAUACUCAGUGAGUGUAGUAAGUCAAUACAUGUCAUCUCCGACAGUGGAUCAUUGGAAUGCUGUAGAGCAUAUAUUAUGUUACUUGAAGGGGACACCGGGACGAGGUAUUGUUUAUCAGAAUCAUAAUCACAUGAGAAUAGAAUGCUUUGCAGAUGCUGAUUGGGCUGGAUCUAAAGAUGAUAGAAGAUCCACAUCUGGCUAUUGCGUCUUUGUUGGUGGUAAUCUCGUCUCUUGGAAAAGUAAGAAGCAGAAUGUGGUUUCUCGUUCGAGUGCUGAAUCAGAAUAUCGGGCUAUGGCACAAUCGGCAUGUGAGAUAAUCUGGAUAAACCAUUUAUUGAGUGAAAUGGGAUUGAAGACACCAAUGCCUGCUAAACUCUGGUGCGAUAACCAAGCUGCUAUACACAUUGCCAACAAUCCAGUGUUUCAUGAGAGAACAAAACAUAUUGAGAUCGAUUGUCACUUUGUUCGAGAAAAGAUACAACAAGGAUUGAUCUCUACAGGACAUGUGAAGACUGGAGAGCAACUUGGAGAUUUGUUCACUAAAGCACUAAAUGGAAUUCGUGUUGGUUACUUAUGUAACAAGUUGGGCAUGAUAAAUAUUUAUGCUCCAACUUGAGGAGGAGUGUGAAAGACAUUAUAGAAUAUUCUUUAGAAUAUGUUUUAGAAUAUUCUUCUAUCUUUAGAAUAUGCUUUAGAAUAUUUUAGGAAUAUACUCUAGGAUAUUAUUAUUGUAUAGAAUCUUAAAGGAAUAUUCUAUCUUUGUAAUGUAUAUAUAUAUGGGCUUGACCCUCCAAUGAAAUACACACAAAAAUCAUUCUUCUCAUUACUAUUCUAUCUUUAAUUCUUCUCUUGUGUACUUUUACAUGCAAGACAAUGGAGUGCACAACUGGUUAUUUCCAGUUGAUGUGUCUGUGUUAUUUCCUUCAGUCAACUUUAAUGUGUCGGCGUGUCAAUGG